UUUCCCCAUGUGACAUAUCCUGAUGGCAUCUCGCCUAACCCUAAUGCCGUCCUUGGGGCCCAGACCAACCAGACCUCCCCACCAAGAUAUCCCAGUCCUUGGGGCAGUGGAGCCGGUGAAUGGGCAGAGGCAUAUAGAAAAGCAAUCGAGAUUGUCGAGCAACUGACUCUGGAAGAGAAGGUGAAUUUGACAACAGGUACACCCUCGAUUGUGUAUCCAAAUUUCGGAAACAUGACUGACAGCUUGAACCANGGCUCUGGUUGGCAGCAAGAACAAUGUGUUGGUCAGACUGGUGGCGUACCUCGUCUUGGCAUUCGUGGUCAGUGUCUUCAAGACUCACCCGUUGGCAUAAGAUAUACCGAUCUGUUUCCUGCAGGCAUCAAUGUCGGUGCGACUUGGGAUAAGCGUCUCGCGUACGAAAGAGGCAAAGCUAUGGGAUUUGAGAACCGCGACAAAGGGGUCACUGUCCUCCUUGGUCCUGUUGCUGGAACACUGGGAAGGGUAAGUCUUGCCGUGCUAUUGCUUUUCCGUAGAUCUGAUAAAGAGUGCCCANNGUCUCCCACCAGCGGCCGCGCUUGGGAAGGCUUCAGUCCAGACCCCUAUCUCACUGGAAAGCUAUUUGCCGACUCUAUUCGAGGUAUCCAAAGUACAGGUGUUCAGGCAUGCGCCAAACACUACGUUGCACAGGAGCAAGAACACUUCCGUCAAACUCCUGAGUCACGAGACUAUGGCUUCAACAUUACUCAGCCUGGGUCUUCUAACAUCGAUGAUCAAACACUUCACGAGUCGUAUGUCUGGCCAUUCGCUGAUGCGGUCAAAGCUGGAGUAGCUUCGGUAAUGUGCAGUUACAACUUGGUCAACAAUUCACAAGCAUGUCAAAACAGCUACCUGCUCAAUCAUGUGCUCAAAUCUGAACUUGGUUUCCAAGGCUAUGUCAUGAGCGACUGGCAAGCAACUGCAAGCGGAGUACCUGCUGUCCUCGCUGGACUGGAUAUGACCAUGGCUGGCGACAUACGUUUCGGCGACGGCCUGAGCUACUUCGGUCCAAACCUCACAAUCGCCGUAUUGAAUGGUACAGUACCACAAUGGCGUCUUGACGAUAUGGUGACUCGCAUUCUGGCCGGAUGGUAUCUCGUUGGUGGAGACACCGAGGUAGCCUAUCCACCGAACUUUCAGUCUUGGACACCUGAUACUUUUGGCGCUGUUCAUGCUCACGUCGGCUCUAGCUGGGGCAGAGGUCUUGUCAACCAACAUGUCGAUGUGCGUCGCGAGCAUGGAAGAUUGAUUCGCGAGAUCGGUGCUGCAUCUACCGUGCUCCUCAAGAACACACACGGCACGCUGCCCCUGAAAGAUAAGGCAAGACUGACUGCAGUAUUUGGUGAAGAUGCAGGCUCAAACCCUAAUGGUCCCAAUGGGUGCAGAAACCAUGCCUGUGAUACUGGAACACUUGUCGUCGGUUGGGGCAGUGGUCAAGCCAGCUCCCCAUAUCUCAUCAGUCCUGAUGCGGCGAUUCAACAUGAAGUCGUUUCUCGCUUUGGUUCUUACGAGUCUAUCACCAACAACUCUGCGCUUACUCAGAUCAACGCUUUGGCUCGCCGUGUCAACGAUGUCGCUGGAGUUUGCAUUUGCUUUGCCAACGCAGACUCGGGAGAAGGGUUUGCCAAUGUCGAUGGCAACUACGGCGACCGUAACAAUCUGACACUUUGGCAAGGUGCUGAUGCUGUCAUUGCGAAUGUGUCUGCUACAUGCAACAACACCAUUCUCGUCAUUCACUCAGUCGGUACCGUUGAGAUUGACCAGUACAAGCAGAACCCCAACAUCACUGCUAUCCUCUGGGCAGGACUUCCUGGCGAACAAUCUGGAUAUGCAAUCGCAGAUGUCUUGUUUGGCCGCGUCAAUCCUGGAGCAAAACUUCCCUUCACCAUGGGACGCAACAGAUCAGAAUAUGGCACUGAUGUCCUCUACAAGCCCAAUCAACAAGUCCCGCAAUACAACUUCCAAGAAGGCGUCUUUGUUGACUACCGCGGAUUUGAUCAUCGCAACAUCACUCCGGUCUAUGAAUUUGGCUUCGGAUUAAGUUACACCACAUUCGAAUACUCCAAUCUCACGGUGGAGAAACUCGAUAUCGCUGACUAUGCACCAACGACUGGUACCUCUGGGCCUGCACCCACUUACGGCCUCAUCGAUAAUGAUACUUCUGCCCACGUGUUCCCGGAAAACAUCACUAGGAUCCCCUUGUUCGUGUAUCCCUGGCUGAACAGUACCAAUCUCAAUACCUCCUACGGCGCACCGAACUACGGCGACAAUUCAUUCAUCCCCGCCAACGCACUCAACGGCUCUACCUUCACACAACCACCUUCCUCAGGACCCAAUGGCGGCAACCAAGGUCUCUGGGACAUCCUCUACCAUAUCCGCGUCAACAUCACCAACACCGGCCAUGUUACUGGCGACGAAGUACCACAACUAUAUGUGUCUCUGGGUGGCCCCUAUGAUCCCAAAGUCGUGCUUAGAGGAUUUGAGCGUGUGAGGAUUGAUGCGGGCAAGACUCUGGAGGUUGUGUUCCCGUUGGCGAGGAGGGAUUUGGCGAAUUGGGAUACCGGGGUGCAGGAUUGGGUUGUUAGUGGGUAUGAGAAGACGGUGUAUGUCGGAUCUUCGUCUAGAGAUCUACCGUUGAAGGUGGUGCUUGGGUAG